AUGGUGAAGUGUUUCAUGGCGGCGUAUCUCAACAUGUCCGUCUCCAUGUCUAGUCUGGAGAGCCCGCGGUCCUCUCAGUUUACCUUUGAGUCCUCAGUGCACAGCUGCCACGUGCUGCGUUGCCUGGACGACCAGCGGAGGCGUGACCUGCUGUGUGACAUCACGGUGGUGGUGGAGGGGACGAGCUUCAGGGCCCAUCGCUCUGUGCUGGCUUCCUGCAGCAAAUACUUCACACACAGGGUCUCCUCCCACGCGGGCCCAGGGCUCGUCAUCACCCUGCCUCAGGAGGUGACGGCGAGUGGCUUUGAGCCACUGCUGCAGUUUGCCUACACAUCCAAGCUGCUCUUCAGUAAAGCUACUGUCAUGGAGAUACGACACUGUGCCUCUAUUCUGGGUUUCAGGGAUCUGGACUCGGCCUGUUUCGACUUCCUGUUGCCCAAGUUCUUCAGCAGCAGUAGGGCCUCCUUCCAGAGGAAGACCUGCUGUAAGACACGGUGUAGGAGACAGUCGCCCAGGGCAGAGCUUAGCGACAUCGACACUAACAAGGAUGUCUUAGAGGAUGACAAAGGGGUUCGGGUGGUUUCUGAUUCGCCCGUUGAACAGGAUGUGGGUGGAGCCCCAUGCCAAAGCAGCCAACCAACAAAUGGCGUGACAGGAUGUAAAAGCGAAACCCCCGCCCCUCCUCCUGAAGUCAACAGCCAAUCAGAUGCCCAGACUGACUACUCCCUGCGGUGCCCCAAGUCCUGUAAGUUCCAGCUGGCUUGUGGGAAGGACAGUGUGUCUCUGGAGGUCUGCAGCCCAGAAACAGCCCUUGAUUCCCCAGUGGUCACUGAGGAGGGCUGCCCUCUGCCUCAGUCCCGGUCCUGUCUACCUUGCUCCUGUAGUGGGGGCUGUAAGGAGGGUCCUACAGUGGAGAUCUCUGGAGAGAACUCCUCCCAUUGCGCACAGACUAACCAGGCAGGACAUGGAGAGGUUGAGGAGAGGAAAGGAGAGGAGGAUGGGGAAAAGAGAGAGGCAGACGGGGAGAACGUAGACAAGCACGAGAGGGUAGGAGAGGUGGAAGAGAGGAGGAGAGAAGCAGAGGAGGCUUCUGGAGUCAGCUGCCUUAGAUCUCCCCUCAUGGAGGUUUCCAGUGUCAGCUGUGAACGGAGCCCAGGGUUGGAUGAGGGGACAGUGGGUACUGCAUCACACCGAUGCCCCCUUGAGGAACCUGGGCUUGGCCAUCAGAGCCCUGGAGGUGUGGAGGAAGGAGGUUGUGUUCUAGGUGGUAGAGGGCACCAUGACGGGUUGGAUCCAGCUGUCUCCAUCCCCAGUCAGCCAAAGACAGAACAGGAGCAAGGAAGGAGAGGACAGGGAGAGGAAGAAAGGAGAGAGAGCGGAUGGGAAGAGAGGAGCAGCAUGGAGACGGAGGUGGCUGAACACUUGGCCCAUGGUCUUUGGUCAGACCUCUCCUCUCCUCCUCCUUCCCUCCUCCAGGACUCGCUACCUGAGACUGGGCCGGAGACUGGGCCGGAGACUGGGCCGGAGACUGGGCCGGAGACUGGGCCUGAGACUGGGCCUGAGACUGGGCCUGAGAACAUCCAGGGCAGCAGCUCCACCUUGAACCCCCGGAGCAUGAGCCCCAAGUUGGACUGGCUGAACCAGCUGUACCUCACCUCCAGCACCGGGGACUGUCCUUUCCUCCAUGGCCUGGACAGAGGGAUGGACAUGGGAAUGGACAGUGGGACAGACAGGGAGAUGGACAGAGGGACAGGGUCAGGGGACGCCCAGCUGCCGGGCUGUGAGGGGUCAUCCCAGUCAGAGAAGAGUCCCUGUGUGUCCUCUCUGAGCUCUGGGGAUGAUGGAGACUCAGAUGGCUUCGAUACGGAGGGAGACAGUGAGUCCUGUUCCUACAGCCAGAAGGCUAGGGAGUUACAGCUGCCAUUCUCUGUAGGUCAGAUUUUGGCGUUGAGCAGGAAUGACUUCCAGCUGACGUUGAGACACCAGACUCUGACCAGAGAACAGCUGGACUUUGUCCACGACGUCCGACGUCGGAGUAAGAACCGCACCGCAGCUCGGCGCUGUCGGAAGAGGAAGCUGGACUGUAUACACAACCUGGAGUGUGAGAUCGACAAACUGAGGACAGAGAAGGACCAUCUCAUGUCAGAGAGGACCAAUCUGAUCCAGAUGAAACUGAAGACUUGGCAAAGUGUGUCUGAACUGUGUCAGGGGGUCUGCAGCGAGUCCGCCCUGAGUCCCGAACAACUCCAGGUCCUAGCCUCCCCAUAUUGCCCUAUCUCUGCUCUCAUCUCCCCCACAGACCCAGCCUCCCCUGGGCUAGAGGGACUACUACAGCCCCUGGCUUCUCUCUCGGCCUGCUCCUCAGCCUCAGAACCCCUAGAAUCUUAGACCAGCUGUCCCAAGGACACACCCAUAGGGGAGGAGCUAUCAGGUGAUUGGACAGACCCUCAGGUACAUACCUGUGAACAGGUGACUGAUACCUUGCCCAUGGAACAGUGUGACCAACAAAGGUGUUAGUCCGGACACCUGUAGCGACCACCAUCAUCUUCAUCAUCACCAUCAUGACCACCAUGUUCUGCUUAUAAUAGGCAAUAACUCCUAAACAGAGGAAACAUUUCUAACCACUAGGCUACCUGGGGGAGGCAGGUAGCCUAGUGGUGGGAGGUAGCCUAGUGGUGGCACGUAGCCUAGUGGUUAGAGUAGGUAGCCUAGUGGUU